CCAGACUGAACGGGUGGACUGCUCAUCCAUGCGCCUGCUGAAACGGAAUCUACACAUCCGAUGCGGGCUGGUAUGAGAACCACCGCCCUUUAUAUCCAUGACCACACCCAGUUGCCAGCUUUCAGCUGCCUCUGGGGCCUGCAUCCGAAAUUACUUUGACUUUCUGGCAGAGAUCGCCUGGGAGUCGAGCGUGGUAUUUCAUCAUGUUAAGUCCUUUGUCUGUGGCGCUUUUGGCGCUACCGGCGCUUCUGUUGUACCUGUACUCCGCGCUCAGCUACCGCCGGCUGAAGCAGUAUGCUCAUUUCCCUCAGCUGAAGCCUUCAGUGGUGUGGGGUCAUCUCAAGGCCAUUAACGAACAUCACAUGAAGCGCAAUGAGAAGGACUCUCAGCUCGAUCCUACGAUGGGAGAUAUGCUCGAGGAAAUUGGGAAUCCUCCCAUCAUGCUUCUCGAUCUUCGUCCAGUCAGCCGACCUUUGCUUGUUAUUCGAAGCCAUGAAAUCGCGGAACAGGUCUCGAGACAGUCAAAGAUGUGGCCGUAUAGCGCACCGAAGUCCGACACUAUGAUGUAUCUCACACCGCUUCUGGGUGAGAAGUCUAUCGUGAUGUCCCAAGGCCCCGGAUGGAAAGACAUGAGAAAGCACUUCAACCCUGGCUUUGCUCCCCAGCACCUCAUGAGUCUGAUGCCAGUGAUCUUGGAAAAGACUCAGACUUUCCUCGCCAAACUCGACGAGCUCGUUGGUACGGGUGAAGAUUUUGAGCUAGAGCCGCUAUGCACCAAUCUCACUUUCGACAUUAUUGGCGCCGUGACGAUGGAUGUCGAUCUUAACGCACAGCUUCCUGAGGAUCAACAGGGAGACUUCAUCAGGGGUUACAAGGAGUUCUUGACCUCCUACAGAGAGGGCAGUGGUAUACUCAAGUGGUGGGAGAACCCACAGCUGGGCAGGAAACGAAGGCGACUUGCCAAGUCUUGCAACGUCUUCCUCGAGGAUGUCAUUCGUCGCAAGUUCAACGAUGUGCAGCAGGACAAGGGGUCGACGAGCCGCAGCAUCCUGGCCCUCAGUUUGAAAGACACGCAUGUCUUGACACAGGACAUCAUCGACGGGACAAAGGAUCAGCUCAAAACAUUCAUGUUUGCAGGGCAUGACACUACCAGCAUUCUCUUGCAAUGGGCCUUUUACGAGCUAUCGCGGACGCCCCGGGCAAUGAAGAGCCUUCGAGCCGAACUGGAGAGCCUAUUCGGCCAGGAUUUGAGCCCCGAAGUCGUCCGGGAAGCUCUGCUUGCCAGAGGCGAGGAGAUCACCCAGAAGAUGACCUACACCUCGGCAGUCAUCAAGGAGAUUCUGCGUCUGUACCCACCAGCUGGAACAGCACGCCUUUGCCCCCCGGGCGCGAACUUCCACCUCCAGUUGCCUGACAACAGCAGUCUCUGCGUCGAUGGGAUGGUUCUGUACAACUGCGCCACUCUGAUUCAGCGAGAUCCCGAUGUCUACGGAAGCACCAAAGACGAUUUCGUACCCGAGCGAUGGCUCGGUAACACGGAUACGUCGAUGGCGAUGAAUGAUGAUGAGAAGAUGGGCAUCGGCAAAGCUGGCGAGAACGAGAUCCCUGCCGCGGCAUGGAGACCCUUCGAGAGGGGUCCCAGGAACUGUAUCGGACAGGAGCUUGCUAAUAUCGAGGCCAGGGUGAUUCUGGCUAGUGUUGUGGGCAAGUAUAUUUUCGAGAAGGUCGGCCUAGGAGAGGCUACGCUCGAUGAGAAGAACCGCCCAAUCAUCAACGAAAAGGGGCAAUACAGGUCCAACACACAGCUCUACAACACGAGACAAAUCACCGCCCGGCCGGUUGACAACAUGAGGGUCCGAGUGAGGCAUCAGGUCUCGUCGAGAGUCUGAGACGGCACAUUCUCGUCCAGAAGGUCUAGAAAUGGCCCAGUUGCCGUUGAUAGCAGGCACUCUGAAAUAAAUAUGAAUUAUUGAGGCGUUAGCUUGGGGUAAACUCGGACUUGCUGGUCGGUAGCUGGCAAAUGAUAGAAACCACAACAAAACAUUUGUUUUAUAAGAGACUUUUUCGUAACGAGUGUC